AUGCACGACAAGAAGUCGCCUAUGGCAAACUCUCACUAUUUGAAAAACUUGAAACAGCAGUUUCGUAACAAAAACCUGAUCGAAACGACUAUUCAUCUGGUAAAUUGCAAUGACCAUGACUCAUUGGCCUUCUUGGCGAGGACAUACGGGAUUCCACCGCAGUUGCGACACGUGGUGUGGCCGAUCCUGUUGAAGUACCAUCCGAUGUGCAUUUCGCCUAAUAUCGCCUCCAACACCAUCUCCUGGGACCCCAUAACGAAUGAUUUCAUACUGAACGACCCUUUUUUGAACAGUAAAACGUCCAGUGAUAAACAGGACAGAGAUGACGAGAAAAAUGUUCUCCCGUACGAUAUCGAAUCUGUCAUUCUGCAUGACUUGAAAAAGUACUUCCAUUCAAGAUCGAACCCUGCGGGCUCGUCCAGCAAUGCCAACACCACCAACAUCGCCACACCAACGCCCGGCUCGUCGUCGGACUCUUCUACGAUCUCUUCUAUGGAGGUAUUAUCUCCCUCUUUGGACUUCGAGUUUCAGAUCAUCGAGACCUUGAAAAAUGCCAUCGUGAAGUUUCUGCUAAAAUGGUCGAAAAUCUUCAAGUAUGAGAGCGGUCUUGCCUGGAUUGCCCUGGGGCUGGCUGAAUGGUACCCAAUCUACCCCUAUGAAACCACGUCUCCUUUCAACGAGACUCGCUCGUUUUAUGACGCGGACGACUAUAUAGUACUGAGCGGCAGAAAGCACGCUCAUCUAAGCACCAGCACCAGCGCUAACAACAAUCCUCAUGUCAACACGAAUAACAACAGCACGAAUAUAACGUCAGGCAUGCACAACCUGAGUAUCAACACUAAUACCAGCUUGCACAAUUCUCCCUACAUUUCUCAUACGCUAUCAUACCUGUAUAGAGAGUAUCCAUUACCUUUUGAACUGCGAUCGAAAUUGCCAAUUGCACCAAUUUUCUCAUUUAAUGCUCUUUUCGAAAGACUGGCUCUCGUCAUCCUACACUGCCCCGAUACUAUCCUAGCACACAAACAGUUGAAAAAUGACUCAAACACGUCAUCGAGCUCAAAGGCAAACCCGAAUUUCAACACUAAUUAUUUCCCUAUUAUAUCUGGUGGUGACUUGUCAUUUCAAACUCAGGUUUUUUUCAAGGUAUUUUCUUCAAUUUUGCCCGAGCUUUACCAGCCUUUGACGGAAGAGUCCUCAUUGCAACCUUCAUCGCCAAGAAGUUCCUGGAUCUAUUGGUGGUUGAAAUGCUCCGGUUCUAAAGCUCUGCAAAGGCAAGAUAGGGGACGCGUAUGGGAUUUGCUGCUUGGCUGGAGGCCCAAACCAAACAUGAACACAAUAAAUUUCUUCUUGAAUUACAACGACAAGCAGAUGGAUCAUCUUUACCACGAUUCACCGCAGUGUGAUAACGAGCAGUAUUGGAUGAAAGAUUGGAUAGCUUUGUACAAUAAUGAUCCGUUUUGGUUCCCUGAUCUGGAUAGCAUGGAACUGGGGUCCAAGAAAUUUCCCUAUGAUUAUAUGGUUUUCAAAGAAUUACUCUUGCGGAAUAAAUAUGGUGGUACUCAAGAUAAAACUCAAACGAACGAUACAACGCCUCCUACUGAUAGUGGUUCAAAUGAAGAUAAGUCAGAAUUAAAAUUACCUUUUUCUUCAAUUGAUCCCCAUAUGCAACUCAUCUUCAUUUUUAUCGCGAUUUUGCAAUUCAAUGAAUUCAAACUACUAGAGUUUGAGGAAGUGGAAAUUUCAGAAUUUUUAAAUAAUCUUCCUCUACUAACGAAAUUCGAUGACUCUUCCUACAGGAAACUAUACGAAAAUACAGAAUCUAGCGUAACCAGCCUACCUUCGUCACCAACUACUUCCACAAUGGCAUCAUUACAAUCAAAUUCUAACUCAAGUGCUCAUAUUUCCAAUCAUCACAUGCUGAUCGAAGUUGGUAAUGAUGCCAAAGCUUCGCAUUGUUUUGAUGAUCUUUUGAACAUGGCGGGGGAUAUUUGGAGGAAAUGGUUAUGGAGAGAAUUAGAGGAAAGCUCUAUUUGA